AUGCAUGAAGGAUGGUCAAAUAUUUCGGUGAUUUUCAACAUUAGUUCUGAUUGGCUUCCUCCUUUCAAACUCACAUACAUCUCCAUCAUAUCAUGCCAGUUGGGCCCCAAAUUCCCAACUUGGCUUCGAAAUCAAAAUGAAUUGAACACACUAGUUCUCGUAAAUACUAGAAUUUCAGACACCAUACCAGAAUGGUUUUGGAAGUUGGAUUUACAACUCAAUGAAUUAGAUGUGGGUUAUAAUCACUUAAGUGGACAAGUGCCUAACUCAUUAAGGUUCAACAACUUGUCCAAUGUUGAUUUGAGUUCAAACAACUUUGAGGGUCCAUUUCCACUCUGGUCUUCCAAUGUGAGUUCACUAUAUCUGAGGAACAACUCGUUCUCUGGACCAAUUCCUUUAAAUAUUGGUGAAGUAAUGCCCAAGUUGACAGACUUAGAUAUGUCUAAGAACUCUCUAAAUGGUAGCAUUCCCUUGUCCAUAGGUAACCUAAAUGUUUUGACAAACCUAGACAUCUCAAAAAAUCAUAUAUCCGGAAGAAUUCCUGACUUUUGGAAUGAUAUGCCAGACUUGUACUAUAUUGAUAUAUCAAACAAUCGUCUAUCUGGUACAAUACCAAGCUCAAUAGGUUCCCUAAAUUCCCUCAGAUUCUUAUUGCUCUCUAAGAACAAUCUUUCAGGGGAAGUUCCUUCUGCCUUGCAAAACUGUACGGUCAUGGCUACCAUUGAUAUUGGUGACAAUCAAAUAUCUGGAUACAUUCCAGCUUGGAUAGGAGAAAGUAUACCUUCUUUGUUAAUUCUCCGUCUGCGGAAUAAUUCCUUCACUGGAAGCAUUCCUUCACAGAUAUGUACCCUUUCUACACUUCACAUAUUGGAUCUUUCACAAAAUAAGCUAUCAGGAAUAAUUCCACCUUGUUUUGGUAAUCUGAGUGGCAUGAAAAUUGAGCUUAAUUCAGAAAAGACGCGAUACCAAGCGUACUUGGAGGUAGUUACAAAGGGAAGAACAUUUGAAUAUCAAGAUUCGAAUCUUUACCUUGUGAAUAAUCUUGAUCUCUCCGGCAAUGAUUUGUCUGGAGUUAUUCCUGAGGAACUAACAGGCCUCUUCAAUAUUGGUACCUUGAACUUAUCAAUGAAUCAUUUGAGAGGAACAAUACCAGAGAAGAUUGGAAACCUGAAACAAUUAGAAACACUUGACCUCUCAAAGAACGAACUUUCAGGGCCAAUUCCAUCAAGCAUGGCAUCUUUGACUUUUUUGAAUCACUUGAACCUAUCAUACAACAACCUGUCAGGUAAAAUCCCCACAGGCAACCAGUUACAAACUCUCAUAGAUCCAUCAAUUUAUGAGGGUAAUCUUGCUCUUUGUGGGCUUCCAUUGACAACUAAUUGUAGCAAUGAUGGUGGGGAAGUUCCUAGCAGGGAUAAUAAAGAAGACACAAAUGAUGAGGGCAAGUUUGAAAAGCUAUGGUUCUCCCUCACCAUAGUAUUGGGAUUCUUUGUGGGUUAUUGGGGAGUCUGUGGCACUUUGAUAAUCAAGAAACAUUGGAGGGAUGCUUAUUUCGAUUUCCUUGAAAAAAUGAAAGAGAUGAUCAUUGCAGUUGUUUCAGGCAAUGGGUGUGGAAAGGUUAGUUCUGGCAGUCGAAACUGA